AUGUCGAUGUUUUCCCUUUGGGAUGCGAAUACUGGUGAUUCUGAAUCCGCCAGUGGCGGUUCGGACGGCCGCAAGGAAGAGGCGAGGGUUAACGACCGCGCAGACUCGCUCUUAACGGCGUGCGACAACGUUCCGCUGGAGGCGCUGGAGAUUGGGUCGCAGGCGCGCGAACCUGGCGACGCGUACGACGAAGGAGACAAUGUCAAAGGGGAGUCCCCUUCCCGGUUCCCUCCUCCUUCCUAUUUCCCUUCCCUUCCCCUCUCUCGCCUCGCAGCGACCCUUAUAAAAUGUCGCCCCGCGAAUCCCUUCUUCGGCGCGUCGCACUCGCUUGCAGAAGAAGAAGAAGCGGCCGGAGAGACGGGCGGAAGCCAAUCAUCCGAGGUUCAAGACUCGAGAGCUAAGAGGAAGAGCCAGGAGAGGGGAUCGUGGGGCGGCGGAAGCGGAGGAGGAGCUCUGAUACGCGUUUCAAGGGCCGGGGAUCGAGAUUCGAUGAUCGGACGCGUGGCGUUAGGAGGGGAGGAUCUUGAGGAGGAAUGGGGGAGGUCUGGAAGGGAAGCAGAGGACGCGGGGGAGCAAGCGGAGGAUAAAGCGGAGCAAGCAGCACGGCAAGCGAGGGAAGCGGAGCAGAUGGAGCAAGCAAAGGAAGCGGAGCAAACGUCCUCUCCACCAUCCUCCUCUCCCUUUGACGCGCCUCAAAAGUCCUCUCCACCAUCCUCCUCUCCCUUUCUAUCUUCAUCUGCUAUGCCUUCAAGCUCCGACCGUCCCUUAUCUUCAGCCUCGUCUAAGCCAGCCUCGUUAUCGUCCAAGGCCGCGGGCUCCGGCCGGCCGGGGUAUCAAAUCCGCCAAACCAAAUCUGAUACGAAUCCCAGCGAUGCAGUCAUGUGGAGGCUGAUUGCUCCUCCCGAGAGCUAUGGGCUUCCGGGGUUGGUCUCCCCCCGUGGGCCGGGGGAGAACAGAGGAGGAGGAUUUGGAAGAGAGGAAGGGGGAGGUGGAGGAGGAGGAGGAGGAGGAGUGAAAGGUGGUGUUGCAAGGAGAGCGAUGAUCAGCCACAAGCAGAGCCAGAGCAUAGACUUUGCUUCAAUGAUGAAAAACAGCGACUGGCUUCAGAACCCUGAGUCUGCUGGUCGGCUUGCGGUCUCUGCUGCUAAGGUUGCCGCAGCAGCGGCGGCAGCAGCAGCGGGAUCGGUAAAGUCGCAAGUCGUUACGACCUUUGAGUCGUCUCAAAAGGCUGCGGGAUCCAUGAAGGCACAAGUGGUUACGGGAGUCACGGCGACAGCCACAGCUGCUGCUGUUGCUGCCAACCGGAAUGUCGUCGCAGUAAACGCGGCAAGAAGCGUAGCGGUAAACGCAGCAAGAACGGUAGCAGGAACGGUGGCAGACACUGUAGCAGACACUUUAGCAGGAGCCGUAGCAGGUACUGUCGCAGGAGAUGUAGCAGUGAAUGUAGCGCGAUCUGUCGCUCGGACUUUCUCUCCUCAGUCCUCUCUCCUCAGCCAGCGCAACGGUCCUGCUGUGUUGACUCUCAAGCCAAAUCUUCCUCCUCUGUCCCCUCCCGUAACCAACCCAUCGCGACCUCCUCCUCUCACUCCCUCGUCUCAAUCCCCUCGUCCCACUCCCUCGUCUCAAUCCCCUCGUCCCACUCCCUCGUCUCAAUCCCCUCGUCCCACUCCCUCGUCUGAACCCCCCCGUCCCACUUCCUCAUCUCGACCUCCUCCUAUCACUACCGCGUCUCGAUCCCCGCCUCUCACUCCCUCGUCUCAAUCUCCCCGUCACACUUCUGCAUCUCGCACCCCUCCUCUCAGUCCCUCAUCUCGGCCCCCUCGUGUCUCCUCAUCUCGUCCCCCUCCUCUCACUACCCCAUCUCGAUCCCCUCCUCUCACUCCCUCAUCUCGCACCCCUCCUCUCGCUCCCUCUCCUCGAUCCCCUCGUCCCACUCCCCCAUCUCGAUCCCCGCCUCUCACUCCCUCGUCUCAAUCCCCUCGUCUCGCCUCAUCUCGUCCCCCUCCUCUCACCACUUCGUCUCGAUCCCCUCCUCUCACACCCUCCUCUCGAUCCCCUCCUCUCACUCCCUCGUCCCUGUCCCCUCCUCUCACUCCCUCUCACUCCUCCACCGCCUCCCUAUCCCCCUCUGCUCGCCCCUCCAUCCUGAAAUCACCAGCUUCCUCCACAGCUUCUUCUCCCACAUUCAGCAAGCGGGUUUCCUGGAACCUUCACCCAGAUAGCCCAUCUCCCCCUGCCAGUGCAACAUCUGGGGGGCCUAGGUUCGCAGCCGUUUUGCAGCAGCUGGAUAUGCGAGCGAGUCGGAAGUUUCCCGACGUGGGGGGGAAGCUUCAGAAAGAAGAGGAGGAAGAAAGGCACAUGCUGCAUUUGUGGUGGUGCCUAGGCGCAGCGUGCACAAGCGCAACUUAA